GAUAAAAAUACGUGUUUUUUAGUUUUUUGCCGGAGGAUAAUUUUUCAAAAAUGGAAAAAGAUUACACUGCAGAAAUGCUAGACAUGGCCAUAAGUGCUGUUAAACUAGGAGGAGUGAAAGUUUAUGAGGCUGCCGCAACAUACAAAGUCCCUUAUACUACAUUACGACGUCGUUGUAUAUCUGGCAAUGCUGAGCUUCACAUUAGGCCAGGAACAAAACCGGCAUUAUCCGAAGAAGAGGAAAAUUUACUGGCUGCGACUAUCAGGAAUUUUAACGAUCGGGGAUUCGGUAUGACACGAAACGAGGUUUUGCAUAUGGCUAUGGAGAUUGAUAAUCAGAGACCAGAAGGAUAACGUGUUUUUGUUGAUAAGGAUGGCGAACCAAGACUUCCCAGUAAUAUGUGGUAUACUAGAUACAAAUCACGUCAUAAUUUUUCAUUACGUACUCCAGAGGGAGUGUCUUGUGAUCGUAUGAACAUGUCCACUGAAGAUAAAAAAGAAGAGUUUUUUAAGAAGUAUGCUGUUAUUAUGAAAAAGUUCAACUUUAAUAGCAAUGAAAUAUAUAACAUGGACGAAUCCGGCCUUCAACUGGUGUCAAGACAUCCGAAAGUCGUGUGUAGCAGGGGAGCUAAACGUGUGAUUGUUCAGAAGAGCGGCGAACGAAGCGAAACCAUAACGAUUGUAGCUUGUGGUAAUGCCUCUGGAACUAUUAUCAUACCACCAUUAGUCAUUUUCAAAGGCGACUCUGUUGAUGAAGAUAUUGUUCUAGGUGAAUUUCCUCCGGAUACCGUUUUUACCUGCACAGAAAAGGGAUAUAUUUCGAAACCGGUUUUCUUGGAUUGGUUCAGGAUAUUUUGCGAGAAUAUUCCACGUAAACGACCAGUAUUAUUGUUGUUAGAUGGUCAUUCUACACACCUUUCAAGAGAAGUGGAAGACUUAGCAUUGAAAGAGCAAGUGGAAAUUUUCUGCUUAACUCCACACACGAGUCAUCUCUAUCAACCAAUGGAUGUCGGAAUUUUUAAACCAAUGAAGAGUAAUUUUAAUGCAAAAAUCCACAAGUUAAAACGGACUAGACGCGGCCUUAAACGAAAGCAUUUUGGAAAAGCUUUCACUCAUGCUUGGAAUUCGUCAAUGACUCGUCAAAACCUCGUAAGUGCGUUUAAAGGUGCGGGGCUCUGGCCAAUGAAUAAAAACGCAGUAGAUUUAAAACCAUACAAUAAUACAAAGUUUGGUGCGCGAGCUUCUACAUCAAAUACUACGGUUGAUACUACAUCCGACACUACGUUAGAUACUACAUCCAACACCGAACCUAAUACAUCAGUUUUGAACUCGGAACCUCGCCAUUCUACCCCACUAAAGUCACCAACUACGCGAGUAGUGAAUGCUUUGGAGAACUUGUUCGAAAAAAUAUCUCCUGAAAAAAAAGUAAAAAAGAGUAGAGUUGUUUUGCAUUCUAGGUGGAUUACAUCGGAAGGAUAUCGAAAGGAACGACAGGAAAAGGAAGCUGAAAAGCAGAGAAUACUCGAUGAGAAAAAUAAAGAAAAAGAAAAUCGAUUGCAGAAAAGACUGGAAAAAAAGAAAGAACAAGAACAAAAAAGGGAACGAAUGGCGGAACUGAAAAAAGAGAGGCAGAAUAUUCGUCAAGUUCGUGCAGUUGCUAAUCGUAGGCAGAAUAUUCGUCAAGUUCGUACAGUUGCUAAUCGUUCAGUUGGUAAUGGUUCAAUCAGCAUGCCGGUACGUAGAUCGCAACGUAAAGAAGCACAAGCUGGGUAAUUUUUUGAAAAUGAAUACCUAAUUUUCGAAGUACUUGAUUAUAUUCAUUAAGUAAAUAUUCUAACUGACGUAUUCCUUGCUAAUGUUCCUUGAAAGCUCAAGAUGAGUAUUUUUUUUUUUUUAAUUGUUUUUCCUUCAUUUUUAAACUAGGUAUUUGUUACCUUUUUAUGUAUUUUUAAUAAAUUUUUAGCAUCUCUG